AUGGCCAAGUUUUUCGCCAUGCACUUGAGCCUAGCUAUUUCGCUGCUCGCCUUGUUUUCGUGGCCGAAUCUCGUCCUUUCGUCCUCGGACAUCUAUUACUGUGCUACGGUCAAUACCGGGGCCUCGAAUUCGCCAAAUAGCAGCACAUUCCAAUCAAACGGUCUCUGCUCAGAUCAUUGCGCGAAAUUCGCAUUCGGGGUCCUGCAAGGCAAGUCGUGCUGGUGUUCUAACGAGGCUCCCAAUAAAGCGACCACUGUCGACGACAAGAAAUGCAACAAGGGUUGCCCAGGUUAUCCAGAUGACAGCUGCGGAGACGCGUCCAAGGGAGUCAGCUGCGCCCACAACAGCAACAAGUACUACUGGAAAAGAAACCUCGGUCAGUAUUAUCUCGACAUGAAUGCGUCCCUUUUGCAUCUCUUUCGCGCCAAGCCACCAGGUCCACGGUUCGAGCAAUCGUCUGUCGUUUGCGUUCUGCAGUAUGGGCCCAAUGCUGGAGGCACGACAAGCUCUGAUAGCUCCACAAAAACCACCUCAGGAACGUCUACCACCACUGGACAUACCGUUGCCGUUGAGACCAAUGCCGGCGGUGAAGUCAAAACAGUCACCGUAGGAGGAUCUGGCCCGACGUCCACGCCAACUCCAACUCCCACCGAUGAUGAUGACGAUGACUCCGGCCUUGCUGGAGGAACUAUUGCCGGCGUUGUGGUGGGCUCUGUCGGUGGGGUCGCUGCCAUCAUAGCAGUCAUCUUCAUGAUCAUUUUAGCGAAGCGUCGAUCGCGGUCGCCAAGCCCUGACCCAAGUGUCCAAAACAUAUUGCUGGAUGGAAGAGCGAGCAAGGGCUCGCAAAUGAGCUUCAUGAAGGGCAUGUUCUCCGACAAUCAUAGCCACACCUUGUCCGCUGGGUCAUCGAUAGCGCCUGGCCGCAUGCCGCCUCAAAACUUCACUGACAACCGCAUGAAAGAUGCGGCGAUUUGGCCUACCGGCCGUCGUAACAGCAGUGUGUCACUGCAGGAUGACCAAGAUUAUUCGCGACCGGUCUUGAGAUUAACAAACCCUGACUGA